AUGUCCCACAGAGAUGUAGAGUCCAGUAACCUCAUCACAUUUGACGGGUUGGCCAACAGCUCCAGUUACGACACCUUCCUAUUGGACGAGGAACGGGGGAGACUACUGGUCGGAGCUGAGGACCACGUCUUCUCAUUCGACCUCGUCAACAUCAACAGAGACUACAAGCAGAUUGCGUGGCCUGCCACCCCCUCCAAGAGGGACGAAUGCAAAUGGGCAGGGAAAGACCUUGGAAAAGAGUGUUCUAAUUUCAUCCGGGUUCUCCAACCGUACAACCAGACCCACCUGUACAUCUGUGGAACGGGGGCCUUCCACCCCAUCUGCACCUACCUGGAAAUGGGCAAGAGGGCGGAGGACAACAUCUUCCGACUGGCCUCACAUUUCGAGAAUGGCCGCGGGAAAAGCCCCUACGACCCCAAAAUGCUGUCAGCUUCCUUCCUGAUCGAUGGCGAGCUGUACUCUGGCACAUCUGCUGAUUUCAUGGGGAGGGACUUUGCCAUCUUCCGAACCCUGGGAGACCAUCAUCCAAUCAGAACAGAGCAGCAUGAUUCAAGAUGGCUGAAUGAUCCCAGGUUCAUAGGGGUGCACCUUAUCCCAGAGAGUGACAACCCUGAAGACGAUAAGAUCUUCCUGUUUUUCAAAGAGAAUGCCAUGGAUGGAGAGCACACUGGCAAAGCUACCAUCACCAGGAUAGGACAACUGUGUAAGAAUGACAUGGGGGGUCACAGAAGUCUUGUGAACAAAUGGACCACAUUCCUGAAGGCUCGCCUAAUAUGCUCAGUGCCAGGAGCAAAUGGCAUUGAUACACACUUUGAUGAACUACAGGAUGUUUUCCUCAUGAGCUCCAAGGACCCAAAGAAUCCGGUCAUCUAUGCUGUGUUCACAACAUCAAGCAAUAUUUUUAAGGGCUCAGCAGUGUGCAUGUACAACAUGGCGGACAUCAGGAGGGUCUUCCUGGGACCCUACGCGCACAGAGACGGACCGAAUUACCAGUGGGUGCCCUUUCAAGGGCGGGUGCCCUACCCUCGCCCUGGCACUUGCCCUAGCAAGACGUUUGGAGGGUUUGACUCCACAAAGGACCUCCCCGAUGAUGUCAUCACCUUUGCCAGGGUCCACCCAGCCAUGUACAACCCGGUGCAUCCCAUCGGAGGGCGUCCGAUCAUGGUGCGGACAGAUGUGGAUUACCAGUUCUCACAGCUGGUAGUGGACAGGGUGGAAGCAGAGGACGGACAGUACGAUGUCAUGUUCAUUGGCACUGAUAUGGGCACAGUGCUGAAGGUGGUGACGAUUCCCAGAGAGAGCUGGCAUGACUUGGAAGAAGUGGUGCUGGAAGAGAUGACUGUAUUUCGGGAACCCACUCCCAUCACUGCGAUGGAGCUCUCCACCAAGCAGCAACAGUUGUACCUCGGCUCAGCUCUGGGUGUGUCGCAGAUGUCUUUACACCGCUGCGAGGUCUACGAGGCUUGUGCAGAGUGCUGCCUAGCCCGGGAUCCGUACUGUGCCUGGGAUGGCACCGAGUGCUCGAGAUACUUUCCUACAGCCAAGAGGCGAACCAGAAGACAGGACAUCAGAAAUGGAGAUCCACUGUCCCAGUGCUCGGACCUGCAGCAUCACGAUGACACAGACGGAUUAGGAGGCGGCGCGGAGGACAGGACGGUGUACGGUGUGGAGAACAGCACCAUGUUCCUGGAGUGCAGCCCCAAGUCUCUGAGAGCGUUGGUCUACUGGCAGCUGCAGAGGCUUGACGACGAUCGCAAGCACGAGAUCAAGCUUGAUGACCGCAUGCUUCGUACGGAGCAGGGCCUCCUGAUACGCAGCCUGACCCUUUCUGACACAGGCAUCUACCACUGCCAGGCUGUGGAGCACGGCUUCAUCCAACCUCUGCUGCACCUAAACCUCCAGGUUAUCCCAACCCAAAAACUGAGUGACAUCUUACCUGGACUUGCUGGUCCAGGUGGAGGUGUAGGUCACUCUGCCAAACAUAGGCUGUGGUACAGAGACUUCCUCUCACUCUUGGACCAUCCAGACCUCAACAGCGUGGAGGAGUUUUGCGAUCGCGUAUGGAAGAAAGAUCGUAAACCGAAGAAGACGAAGACCCCAAACGGCAACAGUCAGAGUAAACCUGACAGCCCCGGUGGUACCAACUUUGCAUUAAGGCCAAAAACUCCCAGUGCUCAGAAGCAGCAAGCCAGUCCACCACAGAAUAGGGCGUGGCUCAGAGCCGGAGCUUCAACCGUGGAUGAACCAACUACAAAGCCAGAAUACCAGCAAGGUCAACCAAACCUUGGUAUGUUGAGCAGCCAGGCAGCUAAGGCCAACCAGAAGAUGCAGACUAGCCAAAAGAUGCAGGUUCUCAGGUUGUGGGGGGGUCACGAGUUGAACGGCCAGCAUGCAGCCAAGUGGAGGCGGAUGCAGGAAAUAAGAAAGACGCAACGGAGGACCCACGAACUUCAAAGACCCCACGUAGUGUUUGAAGAAACACACAAAGAUGUGAGCUGAUGAAAACGCAUAAGCACAAACCAAUGCAUCCACACAUAUACACGCAAAACACGCUAUGGAUCGUGUAACCAAUGUAUGAUACAGGGACC